GCCUAGCUAUUAGCCUAUAAGUGGUGUAUAGUCUAAGCCGAUUCAUUUCACCAGCAGCCUUCUUCUUCUGUAUUUAUUUUAUCAAGUUAUCAAUAACAUUUCAGAUUCUGAGUUCUCUACUCUGAACCAAGACAAGGUGGAGAAGAAGAAACGAUCAAAGAGCAAGACUCAACAGGAGAGAUCAGAGAUGACUUGUAAUAAUGGCUUAGCAUUUUUCCCUGCAAAUUUCAGUCUCCAAAACCAUCACCAAGAAGAAGAAGAAGAUCAUCCUCAAUCUCUUCUUCCUUCUUGCACUCUACCUCAAGACUUCCACGGGUUUCUUGGUAAGAGAUCUCCGAUGCCGAACGUAGAAGGAUUUUGUAAUUUAGAGAUGAAUGGAGAAGAAGAAUUUUCAGACGAUGGAUCUAAGAUGGGAGAGAAGAAGAGGAGAUUGAACAUGGAGCAAUUGAAGACGCUAGAGAAGAACUUCGAGAUUGGUAAUAAACUCGAAUCAGAUCGAAAAUUAGAGCUGGCUCGUGCCUUGGGGUUACAGCCUAGACAAAUCGCCAUUUGGUUCCAAAACAGAAGGGCUCGAUCCAAAACUAAACAGCUCGAGAGAGACUACGAUGCGCUCAAGCGUCAAUUCGAGAGUCUCAAAGACGAGAACGAAAUUCUUCAAACUCAAAACCAAAAGCUUCAGGCUCAGGUAAUGGCAUUGAAAUGUAGAGAACCAAUAGAAUCAAUCAAUCUGAACAAAGAAACAGAAGGUUCAUGUAGUAACAGAAGUGAGAACAUCUCAGGUGACAUCAGACUGCCGGAGAUCAACAGCCAAUUCGCCGGAGGCCAUCAACCUUCUUCCCCGACGACUACGACGGUGCAGUUUUUUCAGAAUUCGUCUUCAGAACAGAGAAUGGUGAAAGAAGAGAACAGUAUCAGCAACAUGUUCUGUGGAAUGGAUGACCAGUCUGGGUUUUGGCCAUGGCUUGACCAGCAACAUUACAACUGAAUGUGGUCGAUAAUCCUUAUUUGUUUUAUUUUUCCUUAAUUUUUUUUUUUCGUUUUUAAACUGAUCAGACGAACCCAUUUCAUGUUUCAAAGUUCUACAAUGAGCCUUUAUGCAACAAAUAAGCA